AUGUCUAGUUCCGGGGGAAGUAACCCAAAAAAACCACGUAUCGACCCAACUAGUUUACUUUCCACUAUACCUUCUCGAAUGCCUUUAUCAAAUGGUCCUAGUACAACAGGUGCUCGUCCACUUGUUGCAUUACUUGAUGGACGUGAUUGUACAAUUGAAAUGCCAAUAUUAAAAGAUAUAGCAACGGUUGCUUUUUGUGAUGCUCAAUCAACAUCAGAAAUUCAUGAAAAAGUUUUAAAUGAAGCAACAGCUGCAUUAGUUUGGCAUGCAAUAACAUUAAAAAAAGAAGAUUUAGUUAAAUUUAAAGCUUUAAAAUUAAUUGUACGCAUUGGUUCAGCAUAUGAUAAUAUUGAUAUAAAAGCAGCUGGUGAACAAGGCAUUGCUGUAGCAAAUGUACCAUCACAAUGUGUUGAAGAAAUGGCUGAUACAACAUUAAGUAUGAUAUUAAAUUUAUAUCGUCGUACAGCAUGGUUAGCACAAACAGUUAAAGAUGGUAAACGUGUAUCAACACCUGAACAAAUACGUGAAGCUGCAACUGGUUGUGCAAGAAUUCGUAAUGAAACAUUAGGUAUUGUUGGUCUUGGUCAAGUUGGUAUGGCUGUUGCUUUACGUGCUAAAGUAUUUGGUUUUAAUGUUAUAUUUUUUGAUCCUUAUCUUUCCGAUGGUAUUGAUAAAGUUUUAGGAAUCACUCGUGUGUUUACAUUACAAGAUUUACUUUAUCGUUCGGAUUGUGUUACACUUCAUUGUUCACUUAAUGAACAUAAUCAUCAUUUAAUUAAUGAUUUUACUAUAAAACAAAUGAGACCUGGCGCAUUUCUUGUUAAUGUAUCACGUGGUGGUCUUGUUGAUGAAGCAGCAUUAGCUGCAGCAUUAAAAGAUGGUCGAAUUCGUGGUGCUGCACUUGAUGUUCUUGAAAAUGAGCCAUACAAUUUAUCUGCUGGACCGUUAAAAGAUGCUGUUAAUUUAUUAUGUACACCACGUACAUCAUGGUAUAGUGAAGCUAGUUCACAAGAAAUUCGUGAGAAUGCAGCACAUGAAGUACGUCGUGGUUUAACAGGAAAACUGCCUGGUUCACUUCGAUAUUGUGUUAAUAGAGAUUAUCUUAAUGUGUCACGAUCAGCAUAUGAUGGUGUUCUUAAUGGAGUAUCACCAUUUUCAUCAUUAUUUCCAUUAGGUGCUCCAUUUCUUUCUCAAACAGCAGCUAGUCAACUAUUAGGCGAUGCAUCUAUUCAACAAUCUCUAACUGGAACAUCAAAUAGCAGUACACCAUCAUUACUUUCAUCAGCUGGUAAUAAUUCAUCUGUAGUUGUACCAGUUAAUAUCGGAGAAUCAGCUCUACAAUCAGCAGUUAAAGCUGCUGCUGUUUCACAUGGAAAUAAUAAUGGAGGAGAUUCAGCUAGUGGAGAUUAA